UCAACAGGGACUCGAACAUAUGCAAAUGUCGCUCAUGAAUAUGAAAUUUCUCAUGGUAAAGAGCCAGAUAGGUGGGAGCUAUUUAAAUUAACACAUCAAAGGAAAGGGUCCCAAGAACCAAUAGAUGCGGCAUCUGCAAAGGCAAUUGCGGAUUUUGAAGAGGCUGAACAAAAGAGGCUAAGCAUGAAUGUUGACAUCACUGCUCCAGAAAUCCGUGAAGAAAUGUAUGCUGAAGUUCUUGGUAAGGAGAAGGGGAAUAGAGUGAGAGGUGUUGGAGCAGGGGUUACUUGGGACGAAGUCCCUGGAAUCCAUGUUGAAGAGGGAGGAGUAUCAAGAGAAGUGAAACAGUUGCGAGAGCAAUUGGAAGAGCAAGCGAAAAAGGCACAAGAGAGAGAAGCACACAUGAUGGAGGAACUACAAAGCAAAAUGGCUGAGCAAACAAAACGGAUGGAACAAAUGUUUGAAGUGAGGUGCGUAGAGAUGGCACUCCAAAAAAUGGGAGAGAUGUUUAAACAAUGCGGAAUAUCAGUGGAUACACAAGAAGAUGUCAUGCAAACGAUGUCUCAGUUUGCUCGUGACAUGCCUCAAAGGCCAUCGACUGUUGCUUUUUCACCAGAUGAUGAUGUCUACCGUCCUACAAUGCCAUUUGAUUGCCCCAAUAUGCAAAUUGAUUAAUCAAGAAUCAUGCCUCUAUCAACCAUUAUGCAACUAGAGCGGGAGCUAAUCUUGUGGAGAUGGUGGUCAUUCCUUCAAGACUAUUAGGAUUUCAAUUCAAUGUCAUGUUAGGAUUUCAAUUCAGUACUAGAUUAGGAUUUGAAUUCGGCAUUUAUUUCAAAUUAUGUAGACCUUAUAAAUAACAAAACUAUUUAUGUACUUCUGGUAAAAUUUCAAUGU